AUGGAGACGUGGAGUUGGUACAAUAUGUACCUGGUGUGGUUGGCUGGGUUCGGUAUCUUUGCGAGCGCAUACAAUAUGGCCGUCAUAUCGAGCACGUUGGGGCAGCCGACGUUCUAUUCCUACCUGGGCUUGACCAUGGGGACGUCCCACACCACCUCCGUCACCUCGACCGCCAACGCGUUGUAUUUCCUCGGUUCUUUCGUCAGUUGCUGCGUCAUCACCGCCAUUGGAGACCGGGUCGGGCGGAAGAAGACAAUCUGGAUCUCCCUGUCCUUCAUCAUCCUCGGCAGCGCGUUGCAGACGGGGACUCGCACCGUGGCAAUGUACCAGGUCUCCCGCGUCAUCACGGGCAUGGGCACCGGCUCGCUUUUCUCGACUGUGCCCGUGUACCAGUCGGAGAUCUCGCCGCCGCACUUUCGCGGCUUCCUGGUCGGCCAGGCCGGAGUAUUCUCCGCCGGCGGCUAUUCCCUGGCGUCUUGGGUUGGUUAUGGCUGCUACUUUGCCAGCGACAAGGGCACCUUUGGCUUUCGCUUUCCGAUAUCCGUCGGCUGCAUGCUCGCUGUGGUGAUGCUCGGGCUGUCAUUCAUCCUCCCUGAAUCGCCUCGCUGGCUAAUUGAACACGGCCACGAAGAUGAAGGGAUCCGGCUUCUUUCUCGGCUCCAUCCAGAUCGCGACUCGGCCAACAGUGACCACUUUGCCAGACUGGAAUCGAUUGAAAUCAAGAAACAGUAUGAGCUCGACCAGUCAAUCCGGCAGCGGGAAGGGAAAUUCGGGAUCAUCACCCGCAAGUCGAACCUGAAACGCCUGUUCUUCUCAUGCUUCAUUCUCUGGAGCUCGCAGGCGAUGGGCAUCCUGGUCAUCAACAACUACAGUGUGCAGCUGUACAAUGCCCUUGGGUACACAGGCAGCCGCGCUCUUCUGUUGGGAGCUGGGUGGAUCUCGGUCACGAUCCCGUUCAAUGCCGUCGCGCCGUUCUUGAUCGAUCGUCUGGGAAGAAAGACCAUGUUCCUGAUCGGCUCGUUUCUGCUGUGUGUCUGCGUCGCGGGAGAAGGGGCAUUGCUGAAGAAGUUCACCGACACGGGCAACGAUGCCUAUGCUCGUGGGGCCAUUUUCUUCCUCUACUUCUUUGCCUUUAGCUACGGAACCUUCAUCGACGCCGCGUCUUGGGUAUACGCGGCGGAGAUCUGGCCCAACCACAACCGCGGCAUGGGCAACGGCAUCGCCUUCGCCGCGGCGUACGCGUCGACUAUCUGCUGGACGCAGUCGGCCCCGAUCGGCUUCGAGAACAUCGGCUGGAAGUUCUACAUGGUCUUCGUGGCCAACGCGAUCCUGUGCUUCCUGGUCGUCCUCUUCCUCUAUCCCGAGACACGCAAUCUGCCACUGGAAGAGAUCCCGAAACUCUUCGGCGACGAGAUCGCGUACGAGGACAUUCAUCUCGCGGACACGGCGGGCGACAAGGUCGAAGAGCCCGAGGUGCUGACGGAGCAGCCAAAGGCGCUCGACGCAUAG